AUGCUCGCAUGCAUCUUGCAAGUUGCGGCAGCCCCUCAUCUCGCACCUCCUGCAAUACGUCGUACGGAUGUCUCAGUUGUCACUCAGAUGUCGUCUAUCCAGCUGGCUGAUCUAGCGCCAUAUACUGAAUUUGCUCGUGCUGCUUACUGUUCGCCUACCAUCGUAACUGGUUGGCAAUGUGGUCAAGCUUGCGAGGCGGUGCCUGGGUUCGAGGUUUCUCUCACAGGGGGUGACGACAACAAUAUCCAAUAUUACUACGUUGGUUACUGGCCGACAGAAAAUACCGUGGUAGUUGCUCAUGAAGGUACAGAUCCAACCCAACUCUUAUCUGAUCUCACUGAUGCCGAUGUAUUGAUGGAACCCCUGGACCCCACGCUUUUCCCUGGUGUCAACAGCAGCGUCGAGGUUCACAGUGGAUUUGCUAACGAGCACGCACUAACUGCAAGCAUCAUCUUGAAUGAGGUGAAGAGCCUGAUUUCUCAAUAUAACGCCAACAGUGUCACACUGGUCGGACACUCCCUGGGAGGCGCCCUUGCGGAGCUUGAUUGUGUGUUUAUGGCUUUGAACCUUCCCUCUAGCAUCGCCAUCAAAGGUGUGACAUAUGGUACACCCCGCGUAGGAAAUCCAGCAUGGGCCGCUCUCUUCGAUUCCCUGAUAUCGGACUUUCAACGCAUUAACAAUAUGAAGGACAUUAUCCCGAUCGUUCCGGGGCGUUUCAUGGGCUUCUCACAUGUCCAGGGAGAGGUCCACAUUGUAUCUGAUGGAUACGCAGUCGAGUGCCCAGGCAAGAUCUGUAUAGGCAAUGACGAUGCCACGGACGCUCUGUGCACAAUACAGAGUGUGCCCAACAUCCUCGCGGGCGAUAUCUUGGACCACUUGGGUCCAUACCAGGGGAUUUAUAUCGGCACCAUCUAUUGCACAUGA